AUGAAUAAAGCUACUAAAAUCUCAACAAUCUUACACCUUUUGUUUUAUGUAUUUACUAUGAAUAAUGCGCACAUUGGCGCAUAUGGCUCUGGCCCAGAUGAAGAUACACAUGAUGCAACUCAACCAGAAAAUAAAAACAUUGACCUAAGUGACGGGGAAAACCUACACACUGAACUUAGACAUGGACAGGCAGAACCAGAAGGAUCGAACCUUCAAACCGACGAUUCUAUCUACACCAGCACGCCAGAACAGCCUUCUGAUGUAUCUGGAAGCCCCAAGGUAGAUGAUACCGAAUCUGAUUAUGCCGUUAAGGCAGGCCAAAGCGAUAGCGUAAAUGCAAAUUACGAUCCCACUAAUGACUUUACACUUGGAAGCGCACCAGAGAUUAAAAUUGAAUGCGAUAAUAAUUUAGAGUAUGGCGUAGUAAAUUACUUCCCCUUGACAAAAUUAAUGAAGUUUUACAUCAUGUACGAGAAAGAGCUGGAAAACGUAAUAAUUAGCCAAAAAUUGACGUCAUCGAGUAUUGCCGAGCCCUUUUGCAAAAAAUUGAUAGAGCUGACAACUUGUCUUCUUAAACAAAUCGAAUUUAACAUGGACAGGAUUGAUAGCUACAGAGCACAUUUAAACAGAAUUAUUGAUGAGAAUAAUACUACCAUAGAUGAAUUUCCCAUUUCUGCAGACUUUAUUAAGGCACGUGUCAGUGCUUUUCAUGGGUUUUUCAUAAUCGGCGAGAGAACUUGGAAGUUGUUGAACUUAGCUAAAAAUCAAACCACGAUUCUAAGAAGAGUAACUUCGAUACUUUCCAGUCGGUUAUUAAAAACCAGUGCGUCAUCUCUGUAUAGAACCAUCAAUUUGGAGCACUUACUUCUCCCCUCGUCCAAUUUCACGCUAGAUAUCAGUUCUCUAGCACAUUUGAAGAAGGAACUUGACGAUACUGUUGCCAAAAAAUACCUUUUAAAGAUUAUUUACGAUGCCUAUAACCGCGCUGUAGACUUUGAGAAUAACUUUAAAACCUUUUCUUCGUUCCUGAGAAUUUCAAAACAAGUAUUAUCUGAUACCGAUAAAGAACACUUUCACAAGGUGGCUUAUGAUUUGAUUAUAGAUUUUGAACAACUCAUCCGCGUACGAAACUUGGGGAACUGCCUAAAAUCCACUCUAGGCGAAGAAGGUAACGACGAAAACGGUUCUCCCUUGAGCGAAAUAGACGCAUACCCAAUUAGUACGUUUGGAGAUUGCCCGAAUAAACUGGAACCACUUGAUGAAUAUGCAAUCAAAAACUCUAUCGAAGAUUUCACUGGGCUAUUAGAAAUAUGCUUAAAAACGCCCACAUCUCCCUCAGAUACAACUCUAAGCGAAGAUGCAAAUCUCGGAAAAGAUGCUGGUAUAGGUAAAGAUACAAAUCUGAGAGAAGUUAACAAUAUAGGUAAAGAUGCAAAUCUCGGAAAAGAUGCUGGUAUAGAUAAAGAUAAAACUCUAAGCGAAGAUAAAAAUAUAGGUAAAGAUGCAAAUCUCGGAAAAGAUGCUGGUAUAGAUAAAGAUAAAACUCUAAGCGAAGAUAAAAAUAUAGGUAAAGAUGCAAAUCUCGGAAAAGAUGCUGGUAUAGAUAAAGAUAAAACUCUAAGCGAAGAUAAAAAUAUAGGUAAAGAUGCAAAUCUCGGAAAAGAUGCUGGUAUAGAUAAAGAUAAAACUCUAAGCGAAGAUAAAAAUAUAGGUAAAGAUGCAAAUCUCGGAAAAGAUGCUGGUAUAGAUAAAGAUAAAACUCUAAGCGAAGAUAAAAAUAUAGGUAAAGAUGCAAAUCUCGGCAACUAUACCAACCUACCCAACAGCAUCUACUUGCAGGCCAAAAAAACCGUGAGAGAUCUCAUAGGAUCAGACAGCGCGAAAAUAAAUGCCUUACUACACUUUUUGGUUCCUUUCCAAGUUGGAAUGCUUAUCAUGUCGCUGUAA